AGGUGCUUGGUGCUGUGUGGCCAAGUGUGCUUUAUGGACCAUGUGCUGCUACGUAUGCCUGAAACACUUGAAAUGCAAAUUUGGCGAGACUUUGCCAUCUAAAUGCUUGGCUGGAUUAACCGCCUGAUUAGGAUGGUUUUUCAACAAGUUGGAGUAAGCAUGCAAUCGGUACUUUGGUCUGGAAAGCCUUAUGGUUCAUCUCGAAGUAUCGUAAGGAAGAUUGGUACUAAUUUAUCUCUGAUUCAGUGCCCAAGAGUUCAGUUUCAGCUCACCAGCAAUGCACCAGAAUGGAGCCCCAACCCAGGAGAGGGUACAGUGGCGUCUUUGGCUGAUGUUGGAUGGGUAGCCAAAGAAGAAGGAGAAUGUUCAACAAGACUAAGGACAGAGGUCAGGUCAAGGCCACCCCUCCAGGAUGACCUUCCUUUCUUUGAGAAGCCCCCUGGCAGGCAGAUUUCCUCACCAAACUUGUCUCAAGAAGAGUCACAGCUGAAGACUACCACACUGGCAAAUGAAGAAGCACUGCAGAAGAUCUGUGCACUUGAAAAUGAACUUGCUGUUCUCAGAGCUCAGAUUGCCAAAACUGUCACCCUGCAAGAGCAGCAACACCUCAUUGCAGGUCUGGAUUUAGAUACUACCGCAUCUGUUACCACAGCAGCACCCCCUCUCCCACCCCCUCCGUCUCCACCCCCACCUCCCCCUCCACCAGCCCUCCACCAAAGUCUGUCUGCCAUUGAUCUGAUUAAAGAGUGAAAGGAGAAAAAAGCCAAUGCUGGAAAGACUUUGGUUAAAAACAAUCCAAAGAAACCCGACAUGCCAAAUAUGCUGGAGAUCCUUAAAGAUAUGAACAGUGUGAAACUCCGGGCAGUGAAGAAGCCAGAGCAAGAUGUAAAGCCCAAGCCAGUGGAUGCUACUGACCCUGGUGCCCUAAUAGCAGAGGCUCUGAAAAAGAAAUUUGCCUAUUGGUAUCGAAAUGAUAGCCCAGGUGAAGUUGAAAAAGGAAUUCCAAAGUGUGAAUCAGAGUCCACUUCAGACACGGUGUUGUUUGGACCACAUAUGUUGAAGUCUACAGGAAAAAUGAAGGCUUUAAUUGAAAAUGUCUCAAACUCCUAAUAGACAGUAUGCUGAGAAAGACUAUCCUGGGUUCAGCUGUUGGUUUUUGAGGGCUGUGUUUGGCUAGUAGAAAUCAACAUUAUUUAGUAAAUCCCGACUUUAGUAUUCAGUGGUCUCCUUUUUUAACCUAAUUAGAGGACGAAGCAAUAACGAAAAGUACUAGAUGUUUGGUUUUUGCUUUGAUACAUGCUCAGUUCUGGAACUCUGUAGUGUUGCAAGUU